CGCUGUAGCCGUACGGCUACAGCGAGAAGGAUUCGACGUGGAUGUGUAUGAACAGGCGUCGGAGCUACGCGAAGUCGGUGCCGCCAUUGGCCUGCGUCCGCGAACCGCGAAGAUCCUCGCAAGCUGGGGCCUGAAGGAUCGCUAUACCCCUUUAACCAGCCGGGUCGGCAACAUCCUCUCACUCGACGGUAGCACUGGCACGCCGAUCGGUGAAAUUGUCAUCCCGAGCGAGACCGACGAUCCGGAUGAGAACUGGUCCGACAUUAUCCACCGCGGCGAGCUGCACAGCCUUCUGAGCUCUGAAAUCCCGCGCGAGAGCAUCCACCUGUCGCACAAGUGCAUCCGCGUCACUGAUCUGGGCAAUCAUGUGGAACUCACUUUCUCUGACGGGAGAACCGCGACCGCUGCGGCGGUUGUCGGCGCUGACGGUAUCCACUCGCGGAUCCGCCCACUCAUCAUGCAGACGGAUGCAGUGUUUUCCGGAUUGCAGGGCCAUCGCGGCAUCCUUCCCUUCGAGAAGGUCAAGGAUCUACUGCCAGAGAAGCUGCCGUGCAACUGGCUGCUGAUGAACCAGGACGGUGUCCUGUCGCUGUUUGUCGUUCUUCCCUAUGGCGGUGGCCAGUACGUUGCGUUUGACGCCGUCCUUCCCGCCAAUGAGGAGGUCGCCGAAUCGUGGCGCAACACGACCACCCGCGAUGAACUCAUCGAGCGGCUCUCCGGAUUUGAGCCACGCGUGCAGGAGAUCGUGCGCCGCUUCGAUCAAGAUGAGGUUCUCGCCCUCGGCAUGUACGACCGUGAUCCGAUCUCGCAGUGGACGAAGAAUCGCAUCACGCUUCUGGGCGAUGCCGCACAUCCGAUGCUGCCCACCGAGGGGCAGGGUGCAAACAUGGCGAUCCAGGACGCGCAGACCCUCGGUGACUGCUUGAGCGGCGCCACACACGAUCAGUUCCCAGCUGCGCUACAGGACUAUGCCGAGUUACGCAUCCCGAUCACCCGCGAGAUCCAGCGGAAGUCGCGCGACAGACGUCCCUUCGACUUCGAGAUACCGCCCCACCUGACGAUGUGACCGGCGCGAUAUGCCUGAUCUGAGUGGAUAAACGACAGCAAUUUGGAACCCUCGCUUACGCCGGCCCGGGAACUGCCAUGCUUAGGUAGGUGCCUGCAUGGAUCUACCACGGAGGGGGUUGCCAUAGAACGCACUGUGCAGCUCGCUUCCUCUUUCGAUGUGGAGCGGACCCCAAAUCAUAAACCCGUUCCUCACUCACUACGGCAAAGGUCCAAUCCUGUAUAUGACGUAUUUCACAGCUGAGUCGGCCCACACAUAGAGUCGGUCACCGCCAGCCUUUCCUGCCCAUGGCCUAAAUAAUAGAACCUUUAUGAAUCAAGCAAUUGCGUUUUUUACGAAAAUCAAUGCCUAAGUGGUUUAUGGAUCUAACUCUAGUAUGUUGAAGAGACAACACAUGGCCUUUAAUGAUCUUGUGUAAUCGCGUUGUUAGUAAAGGAAUAGGUUCUGCUGUAAAAGCGCUUUUGCCAGC